AUGCACGCAAUCGCAUCCAUCGCCCUGGCCCUCGCCAGCUCCGUCGCCGUCUCUGCCGCUCCCGCUCCCAUCUCCAAGGAUGGCCCCCCUGUUGGCGUGACCCCCAACUUCAAGUUGUGGGCCUCUGGCGAGAACCUCGAGCAUUGGGCUGUGGUCAACGCCCAUGUCGAAGCCGGUCGCAAUGUUCUAGAGAUCCAGCGCCCUACGGCCUACACGUCCAACAAGUCGUACAUCUUUGGCACCCCCAAGGACUUCAACAAGGGCACCGGUCGUCUCCAGUACCAACUCGGUGGGGACGUCUACACGACCGUCAUUGAAACCCCAGAGGUUGGCGAACUUACCCAAGUGUACACCCAGGCCGGUGGUGAGGGGUCUAAGGUCUUCUCUAUCGACCAGACAAGGGGUGGCUACCUUGACGUCGCCUCCAACGGGGAAUUUAAUAUUUUCUGGGCUUGCGAGACUGAGGUGCAAGGCGAGGAGGUGUUCACGCUGUGGUACGGCGCCGGCCCAACCAAGAAAUACCUGAAGGAGCACAAGUGCGAGAGCAUCACUCUCCAGACCCACAAGAAGUGGUAA